GGAGUAUUAUAUAUAGAGAGAGCAUAAGCCAAUAGGACAUGAGCAGAAGGAGAAGCAGAAUUUUGGUGGUUUCCAAGUUCCAACAGAGAGAAAUCGAAACUUGAAAUCUUUCAACGGCGGUGACAUAGAGGCACCGUCUUUCGGAUAGGGACGUCCGAUUUUAAUUUGCCAUUGAUUUAUUGUUUCACGAUGCCUCCUAAGGGCAAAAAGCAUGGUUGUCAAACUGCACCUUUGGACAUACUUUGCAGCCUUCCUGAGAACGUAAUACAUGAUAUUCUUAUGCGUUUGCCUUUAAGAGAAGCUGUGAGGACAAGCAUCUUGUCACAGAAAUGGAGGUAUAAGUGGUGUAGACUUCCAGAAUUGACACUUGAUCUAAAGAUAUUUACGAAGGACUCGGUACCCCCUACAUUUAAGUUUACCAACAUUAUCUACCACCUUUUGACCCAUCAUACUGGACCAAUUACUAAGUUUGCCCUAUCCUUUAAUUCGGAUGUGAUGCCAUGUCCUACCAUUGACAACUUAAUUUAUUUUCUCUCGAGAAGUGAUAUUCAGCAUCUUGAUCUUAAACUUCCGGGCGGGGGUGACCUUUACAAAUUAACUUCUUCAUUUUUCACAUGUUCUCAAUUGAGGCAUCUGACUCUCAAAAACUGUUUAAUGCUUCCUCCACCGGCCUGCAAAGGAUUUGAGCUGUUAAUUAGCUUGGAAUUACGUAGCGUCACAAUUUCACCAAAAUUCCUUCAAAGAUUAAUCUCUUGUAGCCUGUUGCUCGAGCAGUUGGUUUUGAACAAUGUAGGUUUAAGUGGCGUCAUUAAAAUUAAUGCUCCUAUGUUGAGAUCCUUUGACUUCACUGGUGAAAUAAGUUCUAUUAGUUUAAAGUGUACCCCUCUUCUGACAAAAUUGUCUCUUGCGGAUACGGAAGAUUAUGAGGGGCUACGAGAAUGUGAUAUUGCCAAGUUUUUUGAGCCUCUUUCUGCUCUCGAGUAUCUGCAGUUAAAUCAUGAUAGUUUGAGGUUCUUGGCUGCAGGAGCAGGUGAAUUGCCGAAAAGGCUUCCCUUUAAUCUUAAUUGUGUCAAACGUCUUCGCCUAGCUAAUAUUUAUCUAGGUGGAUCGGAUGUGUUCUCGUGUGCUCUUUGCUUGAUAAGAAGCUUCCCAUAUUUACAAUAUUUGAAAAUCGAGGUGGAUGAUGAAGAUGAUGACAUUGCAGCUCUAGAAUAUCUUGAAGUGGAAGCUUUCUCAGAUGUGACAUUUAAUCACCUCACGGAAGUUAAGCUAAUAUAUACUAUAGGCUCAGAGCCUGAGAUGCAACUUAUCAAGGUUCUAUUAGCUAAAUCUCCCAUUCCGGUGAAAAUACUAAUUGAGCCAUGUCUAGAAGCUAAUGAUGAUGCUCACAAAACAGUCAAUAUUUCCACAAAACUAAACUCAUUUCGGCGUGCAUCACCUGAUGUAGAAGUUGAUUAUAAUUGUUAUUAUGACUAGUCUGUUUCGUUAAGAAUUUGCUACUACAAUGGUAAGGGAUUUUACA